AUGGAGGUCGCUGGCCUUGCUAUUGGCAUCGUGUCCCUGUACACGACAUGUCGCGACUGCUAUAGCUUCUUCACCGCGGUACAAAAUGCAGACGCAUCCUCUUCGACGCACCUGCGCGAGCUGGAGAUUCAGCAAUCAAUACUCAAAGCAUGGGGCUUCCAUUGGGAGAUCCAAAACGAGCAGACCGGUCCCAGCGAGGCCAAACCGUCAGGCCACGGCACCAGACAGACGCAGACCAAGCUUCGGCAGUACCUCUCCAACAACUGGUUCAAGGCCGAAGGCGUAUUCAAGACCCUCGCCGCCAUCGUCGAUACGCUGUCCGACCGGAACAAGCUCGUCAAGCGCUACGGCAUCGAGCUCCAGCCCGCCCAGCAGGUGACGCAGGACGCAUCGCAGUCGUCGUGGACCUUGACGAGCCAAAUGCUCCAGUUGUUCAUCCAGGACACCAAGCUCGAGGAUUUCAAGCCCGUGGUCAGCGAGGCCAGAAACCGGCUCUCGCUGUUGAACAAGUUCAAAUGGGCCCUGAAGGACAGGGACGGCUUCAAGAACCUCAUCGCCGACCUGCGAUCGCACAGCGAAUCCUUGUAUCGUCUGUGCCCGGACACCGCGUUCGAGUCCAUGAACCUCUACCUCACCCUGGAUUGCUUGGCUACCCAGGAGUCUCCCGCCGGGCUCCGGUGGACCUCGAGACUUGCGCUGGAGCACGCCAACGCCGACGAAGGAUCGUCGGUGCGGGAUGGUUACACGCUGCUGGCCGCGACGGCGACUCUAAAAGCCUCGGUGAAUCAAAGCAGAGACGGGUUGGAGCAGGGGGCUACAGACGGCGACCUGGUUCCCACCACCAGCAUUGGCGAGGAGCAAGGCGGCCAAUUGAAGCAUCUCGGGAAGGGCCUUGCCCUGUUCCAAGACCAAGUCGUUUACGUCGAGAUGCGAGACUACCGCGGGCCACCGCUAGACCUUACGCCUGAGCAAAAGAAGCGCUUGAAGCUUCAUCGAGACCGCCUUCGCAAAAAGUCCAAGAAAAGGUAUCCAACCUCGGACUCCAGCAACAGUCGGACGGACAGCGACAGUGAUGAGACCGAGGACGACGAGCCCAUUGAACUCAUCAGGCCAACGGAUCCAAACCUUCGUCUUCUCAUUACAAACUUCUUCAAUACCUUUUACGGCUCCAACAAGAUGGACAGCGUCUAUGGCCUGGACAUUGCCGGCAUCGUCGAUCACACGCAGGGCGACAAAAAGGGUCAUUACAGCAUCUUGUACAAACUCCCCGGCAGCAUAGGCGUCCAGACUCGUGAACGGCCAGCCGACAACCUGAAGCUUCGCGCGCCCGUCACGCUCAAGUCCCUCAUGCACAGGAGGCAGGGGAACGAGGUCUCAUCGUCGCUUGGUGCUCGUUUUGAACUAGCCAGGAAGCUCGUGCGUGCAGUUUGCCUGCUUCAUUCCAGUGGGUGGUUGCACAAGAACAUUCGUGCCCAGUCGGUCAUCUUCUUCCCCGAACACGUCACCGAGCUUCAAAAGGAUCGGUACGAGCUCAGGAUCAAGAUUGAUGUCUCGAAUCCAAGCCUGAUGGGUUACAUCUUCUCACGACCAGACGAUGUUCCCAGAAGAGUCAAUCGCAAUCCAUCACCCACAGCCGAAUCGGCAUCUUCACAGGAGGAUGUUCGGCGUGAAAAGUCGGCGACUGUCAGAGUGUGGGAAUAUAAAAGAGCGCCCAGCAGUCAACCGAUCCCCAUGCCCGGUGAGCAAAGAAAGAAAAAGCAAAGAAAAGUCAACGUCAGUGGUUUCACGCUCGAUUAUUAUCAACAUCCUGCCAAGCACGCCGACCCAACGCGCCUCUACCGCCACGCGUACGACGUGUACUCGCUGGGCAUCCUGCUGCUCGAGGUCGGGCUGUGGGAGACGCUGGAGGACUGCUACACGACAUCUAGAGACGACCAGGACGUUUAUGAGCAGAGACGGCUGAUCUGCCGUAAAUACCUCGACAAGUUGCGAUGGGCGUGCGGCGACACCUACGCCGACGUUGUGCUCAACUGUCUCAUGGUCGACGGCGGCGAUGACGAAAUAGCCAAGGCCGGCGAGCGGGAGCUUUGCGCCAGAAUUGUGGCCGACCUGGAGGGCUGCAAAGCUUAA